CUCUCUUUGGAGUGGACAAGUCCUCUUUGCGUGCGAAUCCGGCGCAAACGGUGAAUUUCAGCCACUCUCUAGUUUCGUUCUCUCUGUCUUCCGAAAGUGAAGUGCAGGACCGGAAAACACAGCGAUUUGGCAGGGUAAAAAGCUCCAACAGCCACAGCCGUGAUCAUUAUAUCCUAUCUAUCUACGCUCCAGGCUUUGAGGUGGGUAUUCGACCGCCAAGCGCCAACUGCUUAGCUCACUCGUACAUCGCCACAUCGGUGAAGUGGUGUCGUGGUGACCAUGGCGCCUGGCCUCCUCGCUGCCGCCGCCGUGCUGGCCGCGGUGGCGGCGUCCCUCGCGGCCCACGUCGCGCUCAACUGCCCCGUGCAGCCGGUGCCGUCGCAUCGCCCGCCGCCCACUCCGCCGCCCAACAACCUACUACAGAGGCUGGAGAAGCUCGGGGAAGGGGCGCUGGACGCGCCGGAGGACGUGUACGUGGACGCGGCGGCGGGCGGGGCGCUGUACACGGCCACGAGGGACGGCUGGCUGCAGCGGAUGAUGCACCCCAACAACGGCUCCUGGGAGCGGUGGCGCUUCGUCGGCGGCACGGGCCUGCUCGGGGUCGCGCCGUCCGCCGACGGCACCAUGCUCGUCUGCGACGCCGACAAGGGGCUUUUGAGGGUCGGUGACGAGGGAGUGACCCUUCUUGCUUCGGAGGUCGAGGGCUCCCCGAUCAGGUUCGCGGACGCGGCGAUCGAGGCAUCCGACGGCACGGUCUACUUCAGUGACGCCAGCACCAGGUUCGGCUUCGACCGGUGGUUCCACGACUUCCUAGAGUUCAGCUCCACCGGCCGCCUGCUCCGGUACGACCCGCGCAGCGGCGAGACGUCCGUCGUGCUCGACCGACUCGGCUUCGCCAACGGCGUUGCGCUGCCGAGGGACGAGGCCUUCGUCGUCGUCUGCGAGACCAUGAGGUUCAGGUGCAUCAAAGUGUGGCUGAAAGGGGAUAAGGCCGGCGAGGCAGAGACGUUCGUCGACCUUCCGGGGUGGCCGGACAACAUCCGCCUCGGGUCAGACGGUCACUUCUGGAUUGCCGUCCUCCAGCUGAGGUCGCCAUGGCUGGACUUCAUCACCCGCUGGACCUUCACGAAGAGAGUGGUGGCCUCGUUCCCCGCGCUCAGCGAGUGGAGCAAGGGGGCGGCGAAGGGAGCCAUGGUCGCUCAGGUGUCCGAGGACGGCACCAUCCUCCGCGUGCUCGACGACUCCCAGGGGAAGGUGAUCAACUUCGUCACGUCGGUGACGGAGUUCAACGGGGACAUCUUCCUCGGCAGCCUCGCGACCAACUUCGUCGGCAAACUAUCUCUGGCGCGGGUGGCACAGAAGCAGGGAGCAGUAUCUUCGUAGACGUUUGGGUUCUUCAUGUCAGUUUAGCCCUGUUUGUUUAUCCUUUAUAUUAUAUAAUCCAGUUUAAAUAAGUUAAUAGACAAACAAACAAAACAGGUUAUUAGAUGUAUUGUAUAAUCUAGAUACCUAGAUUAUGAUAAUACAUAAACAGAUAAUUAUGUGCUUAUUAUAUAAUCCAUAAGCUAGAUUAUAUAAUUCUGAAAGGAAAAAAAAACCUUAAUCAAGGGAACAU